CUUGCUGUAAUCUGACUCCUUGUGUUCUUCUAGUGUGGGCUAUUAGAACAUUUUAUUCUAUCCUAAGGAGGAAUGAGUGACAGACCUGAUACAAGAGUCCGAGGCAAGUGUGGUCCUCUGUGCAAGUGUGAAUUCAUCAUGGUGGCAUGCAAAGGAGUCUGGACACAACCGUUUUGGAAAGCAGUGGUUGGGGAGUUUCUGGCUAUGUUCAUAUUUGUCCUUUUGAGUCUUGGAUCAACUAUUAACUGGAGUCCACAGGAAAAUCGUCAACCAGCAGACCUGGUCCUUAUAUCACUUUGCUUUGGACUUAGCAUUGCGACCCUAGUUCAAUGUUUUGGACAUAUUAGUGGAGGUCACAUUAAUCCAGCAGUUACUCUUGCAAUGGUGUGCAUGCGGAAGAUCAGCAUCGCAAAGUCAGCUUUUUACAUUGUUGCACAGUGUUUGGGAUCUAUUGCAGGAGCAGGAAUUCUCUACGUUGUUACCCCAUCAGAAGUUGCUGGCAAUUUGGGCAUCACCAAAGUGAAUGAGAUGAUUUCCCCUGGUCAUGGACUUCUUGUUGAACUCGUAAUAACCUUCCAACUACUCUUUACAAUCUGUGCAAGCUGUGAUUCAAAUCGCAAUGAUAUCACCGGGGCUGUAGCAUUAGCCAUUGGAUUUUCUGUGGCCAUAGGGCAUUUAUUUGCUCUCAAUUAUACAGGAGCCAGCAUGAAUCCAGCUAGAUCUUUUGGACCAGCUGUCAUUAUGAACAUAUGGGAACACCAUUGGGUGUACUGGGUCGGUCCAGUGGCAGGAGCAGUCCUGGCAGGAGCUCUCUAUGAAUAUGUGUUCUGUCCAGAUGUUGAACUCAAGAAUCGCUUAAAGGAGGUCUUAAAUAAGGCAACCCAAUCAUCCAAAGGGAAAUACAGUGAAGUAGAAGAAAGAAAAAGUCAGAUAGGAUCAGAUGAACUAUUCCUAAAACCUGGGAUUGUCCAUGUUUUAGAAGAAAAAAAAGUUAAGGAUACCUCUGGUGAGGUGUUAUCUUCUGUAUGACUAGAACCAGAAGCCAGAGAAAAGCCUUUACCAUCAACAUUUUUUUCAAUCAAGGAAACCGAUAUAUUAUAAAGCAACUGUAUUAACUAAAAUACCUAUAUCAUUCAGUACAAAGUACAACACAGCUUAAAUCUACCACAGUGUAAAAACUACUACUAUAUAAGACACGCACGUAAUCUUUGGAUGCUGUCCUCUUGGCAAAUCUGCGGUAAAUAAGAGUGAUCCUUAAUUUAACAAGAAGUCAAUAUUGAGCCUCCAAUCUGCCCGUUUAGCAUCUAGAUUGACAGUGCACAUUAGUUUCAAGUACCCACUGGCAAAUUCAAACAAAUGGUUUUUCCUCUGGCAUAUAAUUGGUUGUUGUCACCGCUGAUUAAGAGAUCCCCCUAUUUAAUCACUAUCUGUAGAGAAGCAAAUGCGCAACAAAGCUAACUCCUAAGA